AAAAAAAAAGAACCCUAAACCACAAACCAUCCUUUUUCAUUCUUUAUAUAAACUGAUGUUCCCCAAAAGGCUUUUCCUCGCCAUAUACCUGUGAAAGAAACAAAAAAAAAAGAUAUAAAAGGGAAACAAUAUUCGAGAGAGAGAUAUGGGUGAGGUGGCUUAUAUGGACGAAGGAGAUUUAGAAGCAAUAGUCAGAGGUUACUUAGGCUCCGGAGACGCCUUUUCUGGGGAAAGCUCCGGUGGGUUUUCACCUCCGUUUUGCCUUCCGAUUGAGACGGCUAGUUUCUAUGAACCGGAGAUGGAGACAACCGGUUUAGACGAACUUGGUGAACUCUACAAACCUUUUUACCCUUUCGCCUCACAAACAAUCCUCACAAGCUCCGUCUCUGUCCCCGGAGAUUCAAGAAGUUUCCGAGAUGAUAAGAAACAACGAACACAUAGUUGUCUUCAAUCUAACGGAUCAAGAGUUGAUCAUAUCCGAAUCCCAGUAUCCAAAUCGAAGAAGAGCAAGAAGAAUCAACUAAAGAGAGUUGUUGAGCAAGUGAAGGAAGAAAAUCUGUUGUCGGAUGCAUGGGCAUGGCGUAAAUACGGGCAGAAACCCAUCAAAGGAUCUCCAUACCCAAGGAGUUAUUACAGGUGCAGCAGCUCAAAGGGGUGUUUGGCAAGAAAACAAGUCGAAAGAAAUCCUCAGAACCCGGAAAAGUUCACCAUAACGUAUACAAAUGAACACAACCAUGAGUUACCAACCCGGAGAAACUCAUUAGCCGGUUCGACUCGAGCCAAAUCUUCUCAAACCAAACCGGCCGUAACCAAAAAGUCCGUAAAGCAAGUGGUUUCUUCUCCCACAAGUAACCCCAUGAUCACAUCCACUGAUGAAUCUUCUGUUGCGGUUCAAGAUAUGAGGGUUGCAGAAACGAGUACCUACCAAAUAACCGUAGAAACCAAGGGCACGAGUAACACUUUACCAUCGGAUUUGUUGUCUGGGACGGGAACUUUUCCGACUUGUACCUGUGACUUUGAUGAACUACUGAAUAGCCAUGAGUUCCUCAAUGGGUACUUAUGGAAUUACUAAAGAACAGUAGGUGUAUGUAUAUUCAGACUUAUAUUAUAGUUGCAUUGCGGGCGUUGAGAAAAAUGUAUAUUUAUGUCUCUAGGAGAUUAGAGCGUCGUAGUUUUCGUCUUGUUUCCAGCUUGACCUGAAAAUGUAACCAAAUAUAGUUCAUUUAAAUUGUCAUACUAAUGCUAAGACAAAUCCCCAUUUUACAUUAUAUAUAUUUCAACGUUUUCCACUGCACUAAGAAAAGACUACGCCUAAAAUUGUUAGACACUGUGUGAAAAUGGAACCGUCUUCAGGCCGGUCUAGAUGAUUAAUUAGGCAUCCUAAAAUAUACUGUAUAUUUUACAUUAUAGAGACACCAAUAUACAACUCACCCGCCCACCCAGCCGCAUUUAGUAUUUUAAUGAAUGUGAAAAUUAAUUUUAACUUUUAAAUCAAAUUAUUGACAAAUAAUUAAUAUUCAAAUAAAUGGCCAGACAGUUGCACAAAUCAACACCAUGUUUCCAUCCAAUGUCCAAACUGAACGUAUUUUUAGGCUCUAACGAUUGAUAUGGAUACAUAUGUUUUGUAAGGCAAACAAAGAGGUAACAAAAUUUGAAUUGGAGAAAUUAAAAGAAUCUUUACUCGAAAGUCUACUGUCAUUAGCUUUUAUUUACAGAUGGGAUAAGAAACGAGCCAGUCUUAGAUUUCUUGUAUCAUAGAAACUUGGGGAUCAUUCAUUAAACUUCCGUCAACAGAUAAUAUAUUAUUCGCAAUCUAUUCUGAAUUUAUCAAAUAGUUGCAAGUCCCAACCUCUCUGUCUAGCUAACAAUAGAUGAUUCGUCUAAGCCACAAACACUUAACCUUAAAAAGAAAUUGAACUGUUGGGAAAUGGAAGAGGCCGCGCGAACACCCUUGCUGCCACAAAUAAUGACGCAGGAUCAUCCACUUGGGAAGACCUUAAGCUAAGCACCCUUCCUUAUUGUGCAAUGGAAGUCACUGGCAUAGGCCACUCGUCUUACGAUCACGAGUCAACCCCAUCGAAGUAAGUAUCUUUCAAUGUUCGACCAUCUUCUCCUAAUAUGCUUGCAAUGUGGCACUGAAUGCUUAUGAUUUAUAUGGUUAUAUAUAAGGCAGCAUCGUACUGUUAAAUAAUCUAGAAGGAGAUAAAAGGUUUUCUUGUGUAUUAAGACGUGAAAGUUACGCCUUAUAUACAGACUCGGCAACAUAUACUUUUUACCUAGUUACAAAACAUUUUUACCUAAUUACAAGACUCAAUAUCAAACUUACAAUUUAUGGGCCUAUGGCCCAGUACCUCUCCUCAAGAUGGAGUGUGCAUAUUACAAACACCCAUCUUGACAAGAAAUCAAAUACAAAUUCUCUGCAUCCAAGCGGAUUGGCGAUUAUAUCUGCAAGCUGAGACUUCGUGGAGACAUGUUUCGUCUGUAUGACCCCUCGAGUUUUUCAUCUCGUAUAAAAUGAUAGGCUAUACCUAUGUGUUUCGUGCAAACAUGGAAGAUGGAGUUGGCUGCCAAGUGAAUUGCGGAGGGUCUAUCAGAAUGUAGAGGGAACACAUAAGAACAGUCGGCUCCAAGUGCUGGAAGUAGAUUACGAAGCCAAAUAAUUUCAGUUAUAGUGUCAGCCAUGGCCCUAUAUUCAGCAUCAGCUGAAGAGCGAGAAACAACAUCUUGUUUCAUCAUUUUCCACGAUAAUAGCGAGCCUCCAAGAUGAAUAAACCAACCAGUAAGAGAGCGUUGUGUUACUGGACACUUACCCCAGUCAGCGUCACACCACACCAUGAGAGUUAAAGGAGCAGGGGCGCGUAGAAGUAGUCCCUGUCCCGGACUCUGUUUCAGGUAUCGAACAACCCUCAAGGUAGCAUCCCAGUGUUCUGUUUUCGGCGAUCCCAUUAACUGAGACAAUAUAUGGAUAACAUAUGACAGGUAUGGUCUUGUUACUCCAAGGUAAAUGAGCUUACCAAUGAGACGACGAUACUGCAUGGGAUUCUGUAGUGUGGCACCGUUGGCACGAGCUAGCUGAUGAUGUUGUUCAAGUGGGAAUUUUUCUGGUUUGACUACUAGUAGACUCGUUUCCGUGAUGAUGUCGAUAGCAAACUUAGAUUUCGAGCUACUUCUAUCCCCAAGAAUAUUGAAAGAUGCCAAGAUCCUUCAUACGAAAAUAAGUGCUCAGAUAUGACUUAGAUUUUGUGAUGUAAGAAACCUUACUUCCAAAGAUAAUUGGGUCAUCGACGUAGACAAGAACUACUAAGAUCAUAUCAGUCUUUUGAAACGUAAAUAGAGAAUGAUCAAAGUCGUUUUUUCUGAAAGCCAUACUCUUUCAAAGCAGUAGCGAGUUUGGCGUACCAGAAUCUUGGAGCUUGCUUCAAACAAUAAAGCGACUUCUAUAAUCAGCAUACCUUUGAAUUGCCACCGGUUCUAAACCCAAGUGGGAAUUGCAUAUAAAUUUCUUCACCACGAUCUCUAUGAAGAAAGGCGUUGUGAACAUCCAUUUGGUGAAUCUCCCAAUCACGCGAGGCUGCUAGUUGAAGAAAUGCUCGAACCGUAAUCAUCUUAGCGACCGGAGUGAAAGUCUCAUUGAAGUCUCCUCCUUCGGUCUGGGUGUUACCCAAUACCACAAGGCAUGCCUUAUGUCUAACCAGUUGUCCUUCACAAUUUAAUUUGAGAUGAAAAACCCAUUACAACCAAGCGCUUUCUUUCCCGGUGGUAAUACUUCAAGAGUCCAUGGACCACUCUCUUCACAAGCAUCUAUUUCUUCACGAACAACUGAACGCCAGUGAUCAUCAAGAACAUCUUCCUCAUAAUGAUGAGGCUCAUAACCUUUUGUGAUAGCCAUCACAUAUGCCUGGUACUUUGGAGAGAAGUUAUGACUUGAAAAAAACUUAUCCAACGGAUAUGGUGUUGCAGGCGGAGGUGGCGAAUGACGUAAUGUUGCCACAUAGAUUGCCAGUUUCGUAGGUGGUCUUUUGGUGCGAUGUCCACGUCCCAAUAUUUCAGGAGAUGAGGGAUACAUGUUAACAUCAGUCUCGUCAGGAAGAACCUCAUCUUCGUCUAAGUUUGAAGCAACUACCGUAGUGGUUUCCAGUGGUGAUAUGAUCUCACUAGAGGAUGGAGUAGGAGCGGUGUCAUCACAUGUUACCGAUGUUGCAUGAUGAGUGUAUGCCAGUGGAGCUUCUGGUUCCGAAGAUAAAACAGUUGUGGCUGAAGGUACAGGGUCAGUAAACAGACGUCGUCACUGAUGGGCACUGAGAUAUCAUGUGGUGUCGGUGAUUAAAUGUUCACAUGAGGAAGAUGAUCAAGAAACGGGAACUCUAUUUCAUUGAAUAUAGCAUCUCGAGAAACAGAUACGACUCCAGUUUAAAUGUUAUACACUCUCCAGCCUUUUGACUAAAAGGAUAACGAAGAAAGACUGAGUGAUUGCUGCAAGUUGCAAAUUUAUCACCUCCGUAUAUCUUAUUGUGGACAUAACACAACACGAAGAUGAUUCAGUGGAGGCGGUCGUUUGUAAACAAGUACGCAGUAGGAGUUUGAUUAAUCAUAUAUCCAGAUGUAAGUGCACAAUAUCCCCAAAAUUCAACCGGAAGACCCAACUGAAAUCGUAAUGCUCGAGCCACAUUCAAUAUGUUACGAUGUUUGCGCUAAACUCUCCCAUUCUGCUGCGGAGUCCCUACUCAAGAGGUCUCAUGCACGAUACCAUUUUGUGUAAAGUAAUCGGAGAGACAUGUGAAUUCUAAACCAUUAUCACUUCGUAUAAUUUUCACUUUAGUAGAAAAUUGUAUUUCCACAAGCGCAAAAAAAAAUUUCAGAUGAGUAAGACCCUCUUUCUUGUUCGGAAGAAGGUAAAUCCAGACUGCACGACUGAAGUCUUCUAGAAUGGUGAGAAAGUAACGAGCUCUGCACAUAUAGUAGUGCGAUAAGGGCCCUAUAAGUCGCAGUGAAUCAUUUCGAAAGCAAAACUCGUCUUAUUAAUGCUUAAAGGGAAUGAGUUUUGUGCUUGCUUGGCACGUAUACAAACGUCACACUUUUUAAAUUCAAAAACAGUACUACUAAAAUCAGAAAGCUUCAACAAAUCAAUGCUUUAGAAGAUAGGUGACCUAGGCGACGGUGCCAGUCAUCAAUCGUCAAACCACUGGUCUGCUGAACAGCUCCAACAGUCUCCACACCUCUAAAGACGUACAGCAUGUUGCUUUCCCUACCCACUCCAAUGUGAUCCUGAAUAACACAAAUCUGAUCAGUCAUUGGAACUAAGAAACCACUAUCGCGAGUAAGCUGAGAUACAUAUAUCAGAUGGUAGUCAAGGCCACCUACAAAAUACACUUCUCGGAGUCGCUAAGAUGAACCCAUAGAGACAUAUCAGAGAUGUUUAAGAGAAAGUCAAGGGUACCUGUCGUGUGAUUAGAAGCUCUAGAAUCAAUGAUCCAAGAUUCAAAGAAUUGCUUACCAGAAUGAUGUUUAUCAGAUGAGAUUUUGCGUUCAUCAAACAUGUUUACCAAUGUCUUCCAUUGAGCAUCACUCAAUCCACUGAUACCCAUUCUAUCUGCUGUCGUCAGUGUGUGCGAUUUCAUAAGAGAUGCCAAGAUAGACAGAACACGAGCCUUAAGAGUGAUGACUGCAGCGUGAUUUGCUUUAGAUGUGUUUCCGACUGCAGAGCCACUACAACGACCCGUUCCUGUAAAUUGCGACGAAGAUGAAGACUGUUUCAGAUGCGACUUCUCUUCCCACCAAUCAGGAUAUCCAAUGCGUCAAAAGCAAGUCUCAGCAGUACGUCCACUCUUGCCAUAGUCAGUACACACAGCUCCAUGUUAGUUGUUCAUUUGUCCAAGUGACAUGGAGCUGACACUCUGCCUUCUUUCAGUGUUCAUUUGUCCAAGUGAUUUAGACUCUUCAUCCCGAGUUAGCAUCUUAUAAGCUUCCUCGAUAGAGGGCAGAGGAACCCGAGAUAGAAGUGCAGAUUUCACAGCUCCGUACUCUGUUUCAUCAAAUCCCAUAAGAAACUGGCGCAGCUUGUCUUCGUCUCCCUCCUGUCGAACUUCCUCCAUUUUUGGCUUUUUGAUAAUCAUCCAAACUUCUCCACAACUGAGUGAAUUUUCCGUAGUAAACAUCUAUUGCCAAUCCUUUUUGUCGACACGUCGCCAACUCGGUUUUGAGUUGUUGGACUCGUUGACGGUUCUUCACUCCAAAUCGUUUUUGGAUAUGUGUCCAAAGCUCUUGAGAAUCGUCAAUAUGUGACAUUGAAGAAGACAGUUCAUCUACGGUGAGUUUAAUCCAGGAGACAACAAGAGCGUUAUUUGCUAACCAAUCUUCAUAAUCUGGUGAGUCCUUGAGAGGUUGAGGUAUACUCCCAUCAGCAAAACUGAAUUUCUUUCUUGCUUUUAACUCCAAAUGAAUGUUGGUUGCCAUUCACCAUAGUUAGGACCACACAAAAAUGGUUUGGAGAUCAAGGUUCUGGGGUUGUCUCCAGAGGUCAAGUCAUAUGGAAAAAUCGUACGUUCUGUUUGUGAAACAGAAGAAACGAGGGAUGAUUCCAUACCAGCCAUCGUAGAAGUUCAGACAAACGAGAUCUCAUAAUCGAAUAGCUAGAAAAUCUUGUAGGAGUUUAGAUUUUCAAAGUUAUGAUAUCAUGUUAAGAAACCUAGAAAGAGGUAAAAAAUUUCUUGUGUAUUUAGAUGUGAAGACUACGCCUUAUAUACAGACUCGAGAACGUAUACGUUUUACCUAGUUACAAGACUCAAUACUGAACUUACAAUGUAUGAACCUAUAGCCAAUACAUAUUGUUUUACCUAAAUGGGCCUAAGCCUCACUAUUGAGAAUCAAACGCUUUUUCGUCACUAUUGAUAAGCUUCAAGAACCACGAACUUGAGCUCUUCAUAUACCUUACUUCAAGUUCCAGUUACAGCUUCUUCUUCUAACUUCAACAAGCUAGGAUCAGAUUCUUAAUGUUGAAUCACCAUCCAACACUCACAAAUGACUAAUAUCUGCCCCAUAUCUAUUUGACUAUUUUUCUAACUCUUGUCCUCGACUUAUCAUGGUCAAUAUGUCGUUGGGAUAUGUUCGUGUUUAUCUACUAGUGUCAAAAAAAAGAAGAACAUGUAUAUCCGUGUCUUUGAAUAACAUGCAAUCUAUCUAUCUAUAAUAAUAAAGUUGACUUAUGAUCUCUCCUCUUUCCUCCACCUCAUCAUAGAGCAUGGAGCAAUUACUGACACGUGGCCUCAUCUCUUUAACUAUUUUGAAAUGUUUGUCGCUGGAGAUCUGUAACUUGAGCUAACUUUAAUCUGAUUAAUGGAAUGGGCUAUUAAAGCUUUAGAAAAGAGAUCCAUAUUUUAUUAGGGUUUGGUUUGUUUUCCCGGUUGACAUGCAGAGUAUAAUCGGCUUGACUCUUCAGAUCUCACUUCUCAUACCUUCGUCUGUAUAACGGCUUGACUUACCGACUAUCCUCUUUCAGAUACAUUAAUCUUUGCAUUUACGUGUUUAUAAAUGGGAUCGUAGCCUGCGAUUAUCAGACCCACCACUCUUAGCAAUGGGCUUCUAUCCGAGGUCUCCCUGAUUCGCGCUUUCGUACCAAAGUCGAAGGAUUCUUCGUCUUUCCAAAUCGAGUGGAUUCUAUCUCCCAAAUACUUCAAUUUUCCACUUCCGAUAACACCUACUUAUGAUCCAUAUGGGAUUUUCUAAGUUCGUGGCCUUCCUUCUUAUUUGAGUAUUCAAGGUUGUCGCACCUGUUAGAAUGACAUUCUAAAUGUCCGUAAAUACUGUAUAUUUGGACAUUUCAAUUGUCUUCAUACAGAUUUUCAAAGAACACCACUCUCUUUUUGCUCAAAGCCUAUUUCAUAACUGUUGCAUUGAAUGUUGAUGCAAAGCUGCCAACGAUGUCGCUUAUCGCUUCAGACUUCAGCUUCUUGCCCGGUUGUGAAAGAGCUCCAUUGGUCUCAACAACGAGAACACCACAGGUUGCCCUGAUGCUACAAUUGAUGAAGCAAGCACAAUGGACUCAACACCACUACCUUGUCAAGCGGAGACAGUGGUAAGCAUUGACUGCAGAGCAAGUGAUUUCACGUGGAAACAACAACAAUGCAGAAAGAGUAUUAGCUAAUCAUCAACAUCAUGGAGUGAAAUAAAGGUUUGGGGAUGCUUAGUGUUAGAGUGAGAUGCAAGUCGUGUAACUUCAAUCUCUGUUUAUGUUAUUGUUUACUUUACUUUAUAAAAACCAAGCUGGAUUCCAUCAAGAAAACUUUUAAAAAUUGA